UACAUCUGCUAGUUGACAUGUUUAUAAUGUUCCCACUGUCUUACAUGAACUCAAAACAUUAAAGAUGAUCUCAGGAAGAAAAAUACAUAUUUGAUUAAUAUGAAUAUUAAAAAACUAUUAUCCACAGAUUACAAGAAUAUAAACUGGAGUCCAGAUUUUAAACUCUCCAGGAGACAUGAAGUGGAUGUGACUCUAGACCCUAAAACUGCACAUCCACGACUCAUCCUGUCUGAGGACGGGAAACAAGUGAGACUUGGAUACACAUACCAGGAUCUCCCUGACAACCCAAAGAGGUUUAAUAGUUCUCUCUGUGUCCUGGGUAAGGAGGGCUUCUCCUCAGGGAGAUUCUACUAUGAGGUUCAGGUGAAGGAGAAGACUAGGUGGGUUUUAGGAGUGGCCAGAGAGUCAGUCAACAGGAAGGGGUGGAUUAUAGAGAGUCCUGGUAAUGGAUUCUGGACUGUGAGGCUGUGGGAUGGAGUGUAUCAGGCUCUCACUGACCCCCGUAUCACCCUCCCUCUGAGAGAGAAGCCCCAGAAGGUGGGGGUGUUUGUGGAUUAUGAGGAGGGACAGGUCUCCUUCUUCAAUGUGGAGGCCAGGUGUCACAUCUACUCUUUCACUGGACAAACAUUCAAUAAGGAGAAACUCUAUCCUUACUUCUACACUGAUUAUGACUCAGACCCACUGGUCAUCUGUCCUGUAGAUGUCACUGACUGA